AUGAAUAAAAUAGUUGUAAUAUUGGCUAUAAUAAAUGUAGCUAACGGCGCUUCCCAAUUCGCUUCUUUUUCUGCAAAAGAAGAAGAUUGCAUUAAAAUGGAAAAUAAUCAAACCAAAUGCCAUGUUAGCCACGAAACCAUUUUAACGCUAACCCCUAGUCAUCGAAUCGCGCAACUGCUAAUUAGGGGAGCAAAUAAACUGCCAAUGGGGAUUGUGGAUAUAACAAUAGAGGACAUAGUGGUGGAGUGCCAAAAAUCUUCAGAAUAUUUUUCGCGCAGCCACGAAAUAAAAACCUACUCUAGCAAACGCUGCCCCAAGCAAGGUAGUUGUACUGGCAAUACAUGCGCAAACACAAAGCUAGAUUCAAAAAUACCUGAGUUAAAUGCUGUAAAUGAAUUACCGGGUAAUACCUUCUGUAUCGACAGCUGCAGCUUUUUAAUGUGUGGAUGCGGAUUUCCAACAACUUCCUGCAUUUUUUAUCGCUUGCACGCUGUAGAAAGGUCUAAAAAGAUUUACGAAUUCUUUAAUUGUCCCGCCUGGCAAUACGCAAUAGAGCUGGCGAUAAAAAGGACAAAUGAUAAAGGAAAGACAAAAAUAGAUAAAAUCCGGCUAUAUAAUGGGAUUUUAACAGAAAUUAGCGGUCUAAAAUUGGCGAUCAACGCAAUUACUAAAGCACCUACGCCAAUUCUCGCCACGCGCUUUCUGACCGAUGGUGAUAAUGUGAGGCAGAGUCAUUCAGCGGAUGCCAACUAGACGCGGACGCUUGUAAAUGCUCAGUUACCGAUCCUACAGUUACGUGCCAAUGUAAAGAUGGACGAUUGGAUAAAAUAUUUCUAGAAAAUCCAGCUAAAGUCUUACCUAUUAUUUCUCAA